UGGGCGGGGCGGAGAGAGGCAGUGGUUGAGCGGACGUCUGACCCUGAGGAGGAGGUUAGUGGGAGGCGGUGUGGUGAAAUGUCCUCCUCCGCCGCUGUGCCCGCUGCCUCCUCGGCGGCUGUGGGGAUCCUGUCCAGUAAUGCCAAGACCAAGACGAAGAAGAAACACUUCGUGCAGCAGAAGGUGAAGGUGUUCCGAGCCAGCGACCAGCUCGUCAGCGUCUUCAUGUGGGGAGUCAACCACUCGAUCAAUGAACUUAAUCAAGUUCCAGUUCCAGUGAUGCUCUUGCCAGAUGACUUUAAAGCCAAUUCAAAAAUUAAAGUGACAAAUCACCUUUUUAACAGAGAGAACUUGCCCAGUCAUUUCAAAUUAAAGGACUACUGCCCACAAGUAUUUCGGAAUCUCAGGGAGCGGUUUGGAAUAGAUGACCAGGAUUACCAGGUUUCCUUAACGCGCAGUUCGCCUUAUAGUGAAAGUGAAACACAUAAUGGCCGCUUUCUUCUGUCUUAUGACAAGACCCUAGCAGUUAAAGAAAUAUCCAGUGAAGAUGUUGCAAAUGUGCACAGUAUCUUGUCUGAUUACCACCAAGUGCGUAAACCUUUUAUCAUACAUAUUGUAAAAUGUCAUGGAGGCACGCUUUUACCUCAGUUCUUGGGGAUGUAUCGUUUGAGUGUAGAGAAUGAAGACUCUUACAUGCUGGUAAUGAGAAAUAUGUUCAGCCACCGGCUUACAGUCCACAGGAAGUAUGAUCUUAAGGGCUCCUUGGUGUCUCGUGAAGCCAGUGAUAAAGAAAAGAUUAAAGAGUUGCCAACUCUGAAAGACAUGGAUUUCUUAAACAAGAGUCAGAAAGUGUAUGUUGAUGAAGAGCAGAAGAAGACAUUCAUGGAGAAACUGAAACGUGAUGUUGAGUUUCUAGUGCAAUUAAAAAUCAUGGACUAUAGUCUGCUGCUGGGAAUCCAUGAUGUCUCCAGAGCAGAGCAAGAGGAGGAAGAAGAGAUGGACGAAGAGGAUGCUGAAACGGAGGGUCCAGGACAAUACGUCGCUGUUGGUUCUUAUGGGACUUCCCCAGAAGGAAUUGCAGGAUACCUGAACUCGCAUAAACCUCUGGGCCCUGGAGAAUUUGACCCUUACAUUGAUGUAUAUGCAGUCAAAAGCUCUGAUGGUGCUCCACAGAAAGAGGUCUAUUUCAUGGGACUCAUCGAUAUUUUAACACAGUAUGAUGCAAAGAAGAAAGCAGCUCAUGCAGCGAAAACCGUAAAGCAUGGGGCUGGAGCUGAGAUUUCUACUGUUCAUCCUGACCAGUAUGGGAAGAGAUUCCUGGAAUUUGUCACAAACGUCUUUGCAUAAGGCUUCAAAGUUGACAACACAGGAUUAGCAUCUCAGAUGUAUAUAAUCUGACAGCAGUAUUGCAAAUCUGUUAAGAAGACUAUAUCAAAACUCAAUUUUAGGAGGCCAAGGAUUUCUUUUUGCCUUUUAGCUUUGUUACUUUUCAAACAACAUAAUUUUAAUUUGAAAGCAUUUACCAACAAACUGGCCAAUAUUCAUGAAGCCACUUACUGAAGUGUUUUGAAAACUACUGCUGGAGGAAAUUUUGAUGGACUGAAUAAAUAGAAAAUAUAUAUAUAGAGAGAGAGGGAGUUUUUUCCCAUGUUACUAAUAAGCUGUUUAUUUCUGGCUUAAUGCAGAAUUAGAAAUUGGAUGCUUGAUCACUGGUUCAAGUCAUUUAAGCUACAUACAAUAUUAUUGCUGGUCUUAUCUUCAAUCUUUUUGUCAUAUUUCCUAUUUAUUUAAAUAGAUGUUUUCUGACAACUUCUGUUUUUAUAGUCUUGCCUCCACUUUCUUGUUAUAGUGGUUAUCCAGUGAGCAUAAAGGCACCAGCGUUUGAUCACUCCGUUCAGUGCGCUUUGUAGUCUUUAUGUCAGAUAUGGUCAAAUAGCCUCCUUCCUUCCCCUUUCUCAGCACUAUAAAGUCAGCCAUAGAUGGUGUGAACCUAAGCCGGUUCAACAGGGAUUGGCCAAGAUUCGAGCCAUGUAUGGGCAGGCUGAUUGUACCCAAGUCGAUCCAGCAUGUCAGAUUUUUCAUGCCGCAAUAGCCACUAGCAGUAAUCACUGUGUUCUCCCUGGACGGACGGAUUUCCCCACCGUUAGGAAAACACAGUAGCUCCAUGUUGAUGGGGAAAUCGAGCUAUUUUCUUUUCUGCAACCUGUGGUUGUAGGAAAGAAUAUUGCACCAUCUAUGGCCGGCUUAAGUAUGCAUGAGGACACUUGUGAUUAGAAGAUGUGGAGGAGGGGGCAGGGAGGUACUUUCUACUUUCCAAGCAAAUAUAUGAAAUAACACACAGCAGUACUGGACUAAAAAGAGGUAAAAAGUGUUAAACCUUUAAUAUGUGCUUUUACAGUUAACAAUGUAAAUCCACUUCUAUUGAUGUGGAUAGGCUGCUGACGUUAAGCUUCUGGCACAUUUAUAACUUGGCACGUGUGACUGGUAAAUGUCUUCUUUUUUUUUUUUUUUUUCACAGGCAUUUUAACAGAAGUCUUUAAACUGUUAGUGUUGCUUCUGCAUAAAAACAUAUAUUUACUCUUUUUUUUUUGCUUUGGUUUUCAAUGCAGCUCCACCAUGUAUAUCUGCUGAACAGUUUUCUGCUAACAUUGGGUAGAACCAGCACCCUGGAACAGUGACAAUGAGCUGCAGGAGGAGGUUUUUUUUUUUUUUGUUCUUUGCCAUUUCAAGUAGAUAUGACAUUUUUUCUUUGCAUUCCUGUAAAAUACUGUUUCCAGUGAGUGCUUUCAUUCCGGUAGGGUAAAUAUGGUUUCCUUGGAGAUCAACAUAAUAACCAAUGUGCCUUGAUGGUGCUCUUUGAGGUCACGUAGUACAAGGGUUAUGUUAUUUUUAUUUUCUGGUGGGUGGUAUAAUUGGCUUUAUUAUUAAAUAUAUCAGAUUUGUAAUGCUUUUCUUACGCUUUUAUUUCUUUACUGUAGACAACAGGCCAAAUUUAAAGCAGACAAGUCGUUAGAGUAGACUUCAAGUGAAUCAGUACAAGUAUGAUCAUUAUCAAAGCAUAUGCAUCUUUUCUGGUAUGAAUAAAAACACUGCAUUUUA